UUGUGCCCACUGCCAUGUCAAAAUUGUGAAAACGACAGCGUCUUCGUUAAUUCCUCUUGUCCCAGUCACGCUUCGUCGCUAGGAAGGACUCUCUCGGCUUCCCUUCCCCCAUAGGAUUCGGAAACCAUACGCGCUGAAAAACGGGGGAGAAGUGAUUUUUCUUCUCUUUUCAUGAUUCUUCUCAACCAUGGAGAUUGCUUCCAUUCCAAUUACUUCGUGCUCUAAAGAGCACCAGAAGAUCUAUCAGGAGUGGUUCAGUUACGCUGAUUCAGAUGGAGAUGGCCGUAUAACAGGGAAUGAUGCUACUAAGUUUUUCGCUAUGUCCAAUUUGUCCAGGCAAGAUCUCAAGCAGGUGUGGGCAAUUGCAGACUCGAAGCGACAGGGAUAUCUGGGCCUCAAGGAGUUUAUUGCUGCUAUGCAGCUAGCGUCUCUAGCACAAGCUGGUCAUGCAAUCACAAAUGAUCUCCUGAACAGUGAUGUUGACUUGGGCGAUUUGAAACCUCCUGUUAUGGAGGGUUUGGAUGCACUAAUAGCGAAGAAGAAGCGAAAAGAAAAGACAAGUGACCUUGAUGCAAAUGGUAGUUCUCAAGUUCAAACAUCAGCUGCACCUAAUUGGUUUUCAUCCAAAGCAUCUAAAAAGGUACCGCUUUCCUCUGUUACAUCAAUCAUUGAUGGCUUGAAGAGACUGUACAUUCAGAAGCUGAAGCCGUUAGAAGUUGCUUAUCGUUUUAAUGAUUUUGUAUCCCCAUCGCUGACAAAUAGUGAUUUUGAUGCUAAACCAAUGGUUAUGCUUUUGGGUCAAUAUUCGACUGGGAAGACAACAUUUAUUAAGCAUCUGCUGAAAAGUAGUUAUCCAGGAGCUCACAUUGGACCUGAGCCCACAACUGACAGAUUUGUUGUUGUCAUGUCUGGAACUGAUGAAAGAAGUAUCCCUGGAAACACCGUUGCCGUUCAGGCAGACAUGCCAUUCAGUGGGCUGACAAAUUUUGGAACUGCUUUUUUGUCGAAAUUUGAGUGUUCUCAAAUGCCUCAUCCCCUGCUGGAGCAUAUCACUUUUGUUGAUACUCCUGGUGUUCUGUCUGGAGAAAAGCAACGAACACAGAGAGCAUAUGAUUUUACCGGUGUAACAUCAUGGUUUGCUGCUAAGUGUGACCUUAUUCUACUUUUGUUUGAUCCUCACAAACUUGACGUCAGUGAUGAAUUCAAGAGAGUGAUAUCAUCUUUGCGUGGUCAUGAUGACAAGAUUCGAGUGGUUCUUAACAAGGCAGACCAAGUUGAUACCCAGCAACUGAUGCGGGUUUAUGGAGCGUUAAUGUGGUCACUUGGGAAAGUUAUAAACACUCCUGAGGUUAUGCGCGUUUAUAUCGGCUCAUUCAAUGACAAACCUGUAAAUGAAGCUGCUACUGGUCCAAUUGGGAAAGAACUUUUUGAAAAAGAGCAGGAGGACCUUCUUGCUGAUCUAAAAGAUAUUCCAAAGAAAGCUUGUGAUCGCAGAAUCAAUGAAUUUGUAAAACGUGCUCGAGCAGCCAAGAUACAUGCUUACAUCAUUAGUCAUCUUAAAAAGGAGAUGCCUGCUAUGAUGGGAAAGGCUAAAGCCCAGCAGAGACUCAUAGAUAAUUUGGCUGAUGAGUUUGGAAAGGUCCAAAGGGAGUUCCACUUGCCUCCUGGAGAUUUCCCGAACGUCGACCACUUCAGGGAGAUCUUGAGCGGUUACAGUAUCGACAAAUUUGAUAAGUUGAAACCCAAAAUGAUACAAGCUGUUGAUGAUAUGCUGGGCUAUGAUAUACCGGAUCUCUUGAAGAAUUUCAAAAACCCGUACGAUUAAUGGAUGGCGUCGGCAUUUCCAGGAACAUAAAAUGGACAGAGGUUGGAUCACAAAUGGAAAGGCUGCCAUAUCUGGGCAUUAGAGUUCUGAGUAUCCUAAUAAUCGAGCAUUAGAAUAUUUUCGAGUUCUCCAGUCUCAAACUCGUCCAUUGAUAUAUUUAUCGCCUUAUCACGCAUGUAAUUGUAUUGAAACGGAAACUCAACGAUCUCUUUCUUUGACUGGGCAGCGUUUAGAUGAUUUUUCGGUAAUUUAUUUCUAUUGAUUUUAUA